CCUCGGAGCCCCGGUUCCAUCCAUCCCACCCCCCGCCGUCAAGCCAGCGACUCGCCCCCACCACAGGCGCCGAGAUUGGGCGAAUAGCGAGCAAAUACGUCCGCGUUUCACUACCCGCUCCCCCGCCUCACUCCCCGGCGCUGACAGCGGACAAGGCCGAGGUCGCAGCAGAGCAGGCCCGGCCGCCGAGGCUCGACCUGUCCGCCACCCCGCCUCCUCGCCAGCAGCCCAGAACCCGGGUCCCCGCCGCCGCCGAACCGAGCCUGGACCAGGUCGAGGGGAACCGAGAGAGCAGGGAGCCCCGCACCACGAGCACCACAACAACAACAACAGCUGCCGACAUGAACCAUCACCACACGCAGCAGCAGCAGCAGAAAGCCGGCGAGCAGCAGCUCAGUGAGCCGGAGGACAUGGAGAUGGAAGCUGGGGACACGGACGAUCCUCCAAGACUCCCAGCCAACCCUGUGAUCAAUGGUAACGUGGCCAUGGCAGAUGGACACAACAACACAGAGGACGACAUGGAAGACGACACUAGCUGGCGGUCAGAGGCGACUUUCCGCUUUGUGGUGGAACGUUUCAGCCGCCUGAGCGAGUCGGUGCUCAGCCCGUCCUGCUUUGUCCGGAACCUUCCAUGGAAGAUAAUGGUGAUGCCGCGCUUCUAUCCAGACCGGCCCCACCAGAAGAGCGUGGGCUUCUUCCUACAGUGUAACGCAGAGUCCGACUCAACGUCGUGGUCUUGCCAUGCGCAGGCCAUGUUGAAGAUCAUCAACUACAAAGACGAUGAGAAGUCUUUCAGCCGCAGGAUCAGUCACCUGUUCUUCCACAAAGAGAAUGACUGGGGCUUCUCCAACUUCAUGUCCUGGAGUGAUGUGACCGAUCCAGAGAGGGGCUUCGUCGAUGACGACAAAGUCACCUUUGAAGUUUACGUCCAGGCAGAUGCACCACACGGAGUGGCCUGGGACUCUAAGAAACACACAGGCUAUGUUGGACUGAAGAACCAGGGAGCGACUUGCUACAUGAACAGCCUGCUACAGACACUCUUCUUCACCAACCAACUACGACGGGCGGUGUACAUGAUGCCCACAGAGGGAGACGACUCGUCCAAGAGUGUCCCCCUUGCAUUGCAGAGGGUUUUCUACGAGCUGCAACACAGCGACAAACCCGUCGGCACCAAGAAACUCACCAAGUCUUUUGGAUGGGAAACACUAGAUAGCUUCAUGCAACAUGAUGUGCAGGAGCUGUGCAGAGUGCUCCUGGACAAUGUGGAGAAUAAAAUGAAAGGGACUUGUGUUGAGGGAACCAUCCCCAAGCUCUUCAGAGGAAAGAUGGUGUCAUAUAUCCAGUGUAAACAUGUGGACUACCGGUCAGAGCGGAUAGAGGACUACUAUGACAUCCAACUAAGCAUAAAAGGAAAGAAGAACAUCUUUGAGUCGUUCAAAGAUUAUGUUGCGACUGAACAGUUAGACGGAGACAACAAAUACGACGCAGGAGAGCAUGGCCUGCAGGAAGCAGAAAAAGGAGUGAAGUUCCUCACUUUCCCUCCGAUCCUUCAUCUGCAGCUGAUGAGGUUCAUGUAUGACCCACAGACCGACCAGAACAUCAAGAUCAACGACAGGUUCGAGUUUCCAGAUCAGUUACCUCUGGAUGAGUUCCUUCAGAAGACGGACUCUAAGGACCCGGCCAACUACAUCCUGCAUGCAGUGCUGGUCCACAGUGGGGACAACCAUGGCGGGCACUAUGUCGUCUAUCUCAAUCCCAAAGGAGACGGCAAAGUCAGCGUCAAGGAACCAAUCUGGUGCAAGUUUGACGAUGACGUGGUGUCACGAUGCACCAAGGAGGAAGCCAUAGAACACAACUAUGGCGGACACGAUGAUGACCUCUCAGUGCGCCACUGCACCAACGCGUACAUGUUGGUCUACAUUCGAGAGUCCAAGCUCAGUGAGGUGCUCUCGCCGAUGACUGACGUGGACAUCCCCCAGCAGCUGGUGGAGCGUCUGCAGGAGGAGAAAAGGGUCGAGGCCCAGAAGAGAAAGGAGCGUCAAGAGGCCCACCUCUACAUGCAGGUCCAGAUGGUGACCGAAGACCAGUUCUGUGGUCAUCAGGGCAAUGACAUGUACGACGAGGAGAAAGUGAAGUACACCGUCUUCAAGGUCCUGAAGAGCUCCACGCUGCAAGAGUUCGUCCAGAACCUCUCCCAGACAAUGGGUUUCCCACAGGACCAGAUGAGGCUGUGGCCCAUGCAGGCCCGGAGCAAUGGAACCAAGCGACCUGCCAUGCUCGACUACGAGGCCGACUGCAGCAAGUCGAUGAUCGACUUGAGCGACAACGAGAACCCCUGGACAAUAUUUCUAGAGACGGUGGAUCCAGAGAUGGCCGCCAGUGGGGCCACGUUACCCAAGUUUGAUAAAGACCAUGAUGUCAUGUUAUUCUUGAAGAUGUAUGACCCCAAAACCAGAAGCUUAAAUUAUUGUGGACAUAUCUACACACCUAUAUCCUGCAAAAUAAGAGACCUACUGCCAGUCAUGUGUGAGAGAGCAGGUUUUCAGCAGGAAACAAGCCUUAUCCUCUAUGAGGAAGUAAAGCCCAAUCUAACGGAGCGGAUACAGGACUACGAUGUCUCUCUGGACAAGGCCCUGGACGAGCUCAUGGAUGGGGACAUCAUCGUCUUCCAGAAGGACGACCCAGAGAACGACAGCAGCGAGCUGCCUACAGCCAAGGACUAUUUCCGGGAUCUGUACCAUCGAGUGGACGUCAUUUUCUGCGACAAGACCAUCCACAACGACCCUGGCUUUGUGGUCACACUGUCCAACCGCAUGAACUACUUUCAGGUGGCCAAGACGGUAGCGCAGAGGUUGAACACAGAUCCUAUGCUGCUGCAGUUCUUCAAGUCACAGGGGUACAGGGACGGUCCAGGGAAUCCUCUCAGACACAACUAUGAGGGAACGCUGCGGGACCUCCUGCAAUUCUUCAAGCCUAGACAGCCCAAGAAACUCUACUACCAGCAGUUGAAGAUGAAGAUCACAGACUUUGAGAACAGGAGGAGUUUUAAAUCCAUAUGGCUCAACACCGCGUUCAGAGAGGAGGAGAUCACCCUCUACCCUGACAAACAUGGCUGCGUGCGGGACCUUUUGGAAGAAUGUAAAAAAGCAGUGGAGCUCUCCGAAAAGGGCUCCGACAAGCUCAGGCUGUUAGAGAUAGUAAGCUAUAAAAUCAUCGGGGUUCACCAGGAGGACGAGCUGCUAGAAUGUUUAUCUCCGGCUGCCAGCCGCACCUUCAGAAUAGAGGAGCUUCCUUUGGACCAGGUGGACUUGGACAAGGACAGUGAAAUGUUAAUCCCGGUCGCUCACUUCCACAAAGAGGUCUUUGGGACCUUUGGGAUUCCCUUCUUGCUCAAAAUCAGACAGGGCGAGUCCUUUCGGGACGUGAUGAGGAGGAUCCAGACCAUGCUGGACAUCCAGGAGAAAGAAUUUGAGAAGUUCAAGUUUGCGAUUGUGAUGAUGGGCCGGCAUCAGUACAUCACUGAAGACGAGUACGAGGUCAACCUGAAGGACUUUGAACAGCCAGGUAACAUGUCCCAGCCGCGCCCCUGGCUCGGGUUGGAUCAUUUCAACAAAGCUCCAAAGAGAGGUCGCUACACCUACCUGGAGAAAGCAAUCAAGAUCCACAACUAAAGCAGCCCGCCCCCUUCCUCUUUGUCCUCCUCAUCCUCCUCCUGCUCCGCCUUCUUCCCUACCGUCUUUAACACACCAUAACCACAGACUGUAACCAACCGUGUGCAAGAGACUUUGGGCGUGUGUGUGUGCGUGCGCGUGUGUGCUCGUGUGUGUUUAUCACUUUUAACACCCUGCCUGGACACCUACAGCUCUACACCGGCACUAUGUCUUCAGCGAAUCGGAUCUUGCUGCAACUGACGGAUUAUUCUCCAGCCACAAAAUAAACUGCACCAACCACCUCCCGACUGUUUAUUUUGUUGUUUGUUUUAGUUUCUUUCCUUUUUUCUUUUUUUAAAUCGUCUCCGUCUACGUUCGAGACCGUUUGGUUGUUUUUCUUCUGGCUUCUCCACCUGUUGACUGCCUGCUUUUUUUGUUGCCUGUCUGGAAGUAGGGGAAAUAGAUUUUAAUAUGAUAUAAGCGGAGAGGGGAGAGGAAGUGGAACAUAGUGAGUUUGUGUGUGGAGGUGUGAUAUGAUAUAAAUAAUAUGCACACUCAUGCGAUGAACUUCUAGACUCAAUGUUUUUCUUUUUCUUUUCCUGAUCCCACCUCACUCACAGGCUUUUUUCCCCGCUCCCCCCCAUCAGAUUUUUUGGGGGGGGUUGUUUUUAAAUAAAGACGUGUUUGAAGAGGCAUCACGCUGCUGUGUGUAGAGUUUGAUAAAAGGAUGUUUGCGAGGACUAACUGACAGUAAAAAAAAAAAAAAAAAAUUACAAAAAAGAGGGAGAGGUCCGAAGUUCAUUCUGCGGAAGAAUCUUUUUGCAAAAAAGACAAAAAAAAAAGACCCUGCUGCGAUCUGACGUCCAUCCUGAGGUUCACUAGUUGCCCUGAUGUGGUUCUUUUUAUUUCCUGCUCCCUUCUUUUUUUUUUAGUGCUACAGAAACAAGUAUUUCUAGGUUUACACACACUUUCUAUGUUACCGAGUUCGGUUGGAGGAAAAAGUUUAAUUUCUUUUUGUUUCUUUCUGCAGAGCUUGUAUAAUAACAUAAGAAAAUCCACAGCAUCUGUUUGAAAAUAAAUUGGGGGGAAAAAGGAGAAAUUUGUCUGUAUUUCAUCUUGCACGUUGGCACUUAGCGUCAGAGGUUUCUCAGGACUGGAAGAAAAAAAUGUACACGAUCAAUUUGUUCAGCGACUUUAAAUGAAAACACACACGCAACCUCCUUGGCUUCUUCUUUCCUUUGUUUUUAUUUUUUGUGGUGCAAAAGUGUUUCAUGUCUUUCUCAGUCAUUCCUCUGAACACACACAAGCAAGCUUCACCUCCCAUUCCCCCGCCCCCCUGCCCGUUCUUCACCCUUGGUUGAAACUGUCGCCCCCACGUGGUUGGGAGCAGUAACCGCGCUGUGCUUGGUAGGGAGCUGCAGACACUUAGAGCCCCACAGGUUUGAGGAUUGUGUAGACAAAAACCAGCAUUGUAAGAAACACUUUAAGCCCUGCAAAUUAAUUUUUUCUUUGUUGGUUUUUCUUAUUUUUUGGGUUUCUUUUAAAGCACAGAUGGAAUGCUCCCCUAAUAGCGUAUAGCUGGCUCUGUAAAGACAACAUUUAAGAAUUGUAUAUUUAAAAAUAUGAACGUGUAAAAUUUAAGAGAAAACACACCUUUGUUGUUGGGUACAGAAGGAGCCAGGUGUUCAUAUUUCUUGUGUGUAGGUUUUUUCUUUUUCUUUAUUUUGCGUUCCUGAUGUACCAUUGAUGAAUUAUGAUUUCUCUUUUUUGUUACAUUUGGAUUUUUUCUUUUCAAAACUUACUGCAUUGGUUUUGUCUUGUUAAAAAAAAGUGCAGUACAAAGAUGACCUGCAGAAUCACAGCUUAAUUUGAUCUUUUCCAGUUAAAAAAUCCUCAGUGUAGCAGCAGUGUACGACAACUAUUCCUGUAUAUUGCCUUUUUGCUGGAAAAUGUAUGUUGAAUAAAAUUUUCUAUAAAAACAAAA